AUGUCUCAGUACGCUUUCUCAGGCCCCAAGACGUACAGAAGUCCUCCGAGCGGACCAAGCUUUAAGCCGAGGUAUGGCCGGUAUCUUCCUCUGGUCGCGGUGAUCGGUCUCGGAUUCGCCGGAUACAACUACUAUAAAGGAGUCCAAGUACGGCGCGAGCAGAUGAUGCGCGAAGAAGAGAAACGCCUUGCGAUGAACCAACAGCUCAUGGAUGCCUAUGGAAGCAAAGAGAGCCUGGAAGAUAUGCAACAGGCUUUGGAUGCGUAUCACCAGCGAGCAUGA